AGUAAGCAGCAGUCCUCCUCUCGGCUCUGAUCCCAGCAGAACUUCCAGCAGGACCGACGCGAUCUCCUCAGGAAUGGGCUCCUCUUGGGUUCUGCUCUGCGCCAUCGCUUUGCGCUUGGUUCUGCGGGGCGCAGCCUUGGAAGAUCAGCUCUAUGGGAUUCCCAGACAGCUGGAACAGCAACCAUUCCAAGAUCAGCGCCUCUUUGAGCAGCGUCCAAUCACAGUUGUGUUCGGACAAGAGAUGAUCUAUGAUGAUCAUUUUUUAAUGCAGGAAGAGGUUGAUUUGUCAAGUUUCACUGACCUCCACGAAGGGCUCCAGCGACCAAUAUUUCCUUCAUUUGAUCCAAAGAGAAGAGGGGUUUUUACAUCUGGAGUCAUGAUUCCAAGAGGAAGUCAACCAGCUGUUGAGCAAUAUCCUGUUAGCUUCCCCCUUAGCCAGCCGUCGGCUAACAACAUUGAAGCCAUCUGUGCCCAUGGAGAGCAUCGUCCUCGCUACCCUCAGUCGUACUUUCCCCCCUCUGGUUACAGCAAGUUAAAGCGCAUGGCUGCUGCUGUCAAUAAUGCAGAGUCCUGGUUUGGCAUUUGCUGUAAUCAAAACCAGACGUUGCAGAAUGACACGGUGUUGUGCUGCGCCACACAAGCGUGGGAACUCUCAGUGAAGUUGUUCUGUGAGGAGGACUCGUCAGUCAAAGAUUUACUUUAUGAAUGUUGCAAUAAAAGAGGCAGCAGCAGACUAAAGUGUUUUAAUGCCGAUUCUCCAAACCCAAACUAUGAACCAACAGAAGAGCUGCCAGUGUUGUCCAUCCCUCACGACUCAGAGUUCAACUUUGAUCCCAGCAACUGCCCAAGGAAACUACUGACUCCAAGAUCAACGACAAUAAACAAUAAAAAUGCAUUCAAGAAGAUUGACAUGAACUUUCCUCUUGGACAACCCACGGCGGACAACAUUGAGUCGCUGUGUCGCAGGUGGAGGCAGCGGCCCUUCUAUUCCUUCAAGUGUUUGCAACGUUCAGGCUAUGAGUUUGCGGCUCGACAAGCUAAGAGCAUCAACAGUUUGGAGAAGGAAUUCAGACAAUGCUGCACUACGAGGGAUCACAAGCUCAACUGUGCUUCUCAGAAGUGGCGUGAGAAGGUGGAGAAGUUCUGCUUGGUAGAGAAAAAGCAUACAAGCUUUGAGUGUUGCUCUGGUGAUGAUCCGUCUGUCUGGUCAGCAUGUUUCAAAUCGAUGUCUCCAGAUCCACACUAUAACACUUCAGCCCCUGAAGCGCCUUCGUUUAGUGAACUAUGUAAAAACCCUACUAUAAAAUACAGGCUUCCGAUUGAUUUUCCUCUUGAGACCUUUCCAAGCGAAUGCUGUUCCCUGUCUGUACCACUCAAGAGCAUCUGCUCCAAGGAGAAGCUCGGAGAACCUCCAUCUCCUGAUGUCAAAAUGUGCUGCAGGCUCCUGCACAACAUCGCUAAAGCAACUAACCCCAAGAAGAAGAGGAAAAUCUGCCCAAUACCUGUAAAGGGGAUGUCACUGGCAUUUAUCUAGUGAGGAAAAUUCCAUUUAGUCUUGAAUAAUGAUGCUUUGGAACCACUAGAUUGGGAUUUCUCAUUGUAAGGAAAUGAACUGUUCUUUUUGCAAAUCUUAUUUUUGGCUAAACUCCCAUAAAUAUCACUUUAAGACUGUUCAUUGUAUUUGCUGCCUCUAACAAUUCAAGCUUCACAUUAUUUUUGUGUUAAAUGCAAAUGUCAUAUACAGGUAAAACAUCUGCUAUAACCAGUUUUUGCUCAGCUACAUACCAGUGAGUAUAACGUUAAAUUACAGACAUGAUGUGUGCCAGUUCUGUGUGUUACUCUUGAUUAACAUUUUAUGAUUUUAAUUUCAAAUAAAUAAACUGAUGCUGUUACAUCAAACAUGAA